AUGCAGGCGGCGAUGUGGGUGCUGCUCGGCGCGGCGCUGGGCAGGUGCCGCUCGGAGGGGGAAGCCCGGCAGUCCAUGCGGUGUGAUAUAGAAAAUGGGCCUUCUCCUGAGUUAGAGAAGCGGCACAACUUAACGCCAUCAGAUCUCUAUAGUAUAAGUGCCAAGAUUGUUGAAACAGAAGGAACAUGCCAAGUAAACAUUACCUGGACCAUUAGUGUAGAUGCUAGCAUUAGAGAACUGAAGGCCACAAAGCUAUGUAUGUCGGCAUACGAUUACCCAAAAUGUAUUCGGUGUGAUUAUACAAAACCCUUUGAAAGCCAAACCAGGCAUGGGGAUCAAAAAUGGCAGUUCUAUUAUGUUGGAUUCCCUAUAGAAGAAAACACCAAGUACUACAUUUAUGGUCACAACCUACCACCAGCAAACCCAUAUGAGGAUUUCCCAUCAAAAUAUGUAAUGCUUAAUUCUCCAGGCUGCGACAAUGAUACGUUGAAAUAUAGCAAAACUUGCAUAGAAAAAGGAAGUCUGUGGGAUCCAAACAUAACUGUAUGUAAAAUGGAUUCAGAAAUAGAAGUGAGUUUUACAGCUAGUAGUUUGAGCCCCACUUAUGAAAUCCUCAUUUGUGAGUCUGAAAAGGAACGCCGUGAUCCAAUUGUUCAAGCAGUAUCCCAUACCAAGAAAAACAAUACUAGAAUUUCUGAACGAAUACCAGUGAAUAGUCCAAGCAGCAAAAACUACAUACAGCUAAUUCCUCAUUUUCCAAGAUGUGGAAAUGAUUGUCGAAGGCACUCUAAGUACCAACUUAAAUGUACUGUAAGGCCUACCAUUGGAGCUGUCGAGACACAUUCAAUAGGAAUUUAUGUUUGCAUACUUGCUGCAGUGUUUGUGAAAGUGUGUGUAAUUGCUGCUGUAGUAUAUGUCAAAAAGAGGCAUGGUAUAGUCACGAUGUGGCCUUUUUUCCAUCCUGCAGUACAACAAAUGCCGGUUAAGAUCCUUGUUAUCUAUCCACCUGAUGUCUGCAUUCACCACACUGUCCUUGCUUUUGCUGAGUUUCUACGUGAACGCUGCCAGAGUGAUGUUGUUGUAGACGUAUGGCAGAAACGGAGAAUUGCUGAAAUAGGACCAGUGCAGUGGCUGGCUAUUCAGAAAGAACUAGCUGAUAAAGUAAUAUUUCUCAGUCCGAGCCAUACAGGGCCUGCGUGUGAUUCAGCUUGCAAACGUUCUGUAGGUCACAGUGAGAACUCAGAGUGUAUGUUCACUCUUGCGUAUAACCUUUUCUGUAGUGACUGGAAAAACCAAUCUUCUCUCCACAAGUACAUGGUAGUUUCUUUCAGUGAUGCACAUUCAAUGAGAACUCUCCCAAGUGCCUUGACUAUCUGUCCAAAAUAUUUUCUAAUGAAGGAUUUUGACUCCUUUCUUAGAGAGCUUUACCUUUCACAAAAGCUUUAG